GGGGCGCAGCGGGCGCAUGCGCACUGGGGGGUCCCACGCGCGCGCAGGCGCCAUCUCGGGGUUUCCUGUCAGAGCGCACCUGGCGCCGCGGAGCCCGGGGGAGUCGUCGGCUCGGCAUCGGGCGCCCGCACCCUCUCCCGCCGGGGCGGGGCCGGCGGCGGAGGCGGAGGCGGAGGCGGGGGCGGGGGCGGGGCCGAGCGCGCGGCUCUCCGCGGAGUCCGUUAUGCCUUCUCAGAAUGCUGUACUUUUUCAGGAGGGGAACAUGGAACAGAAGGAAAUGAAUGAUAGAUCACAGAUAGUCAGGUCCAAGGAGUCCCUGACAUUCCAGGACGUGGCUGUGGACUUCACCAGAGAGGAGUGGGACCAGCUGUACCCUGCUCAGAAGAACCUCUACCGAGAUGUGAUGCUAGAAAACUACAGGAAUUUGGUCGCUCUGGGUCAUCAACUUUAUAAGCCAGAGGUGAUCACUCAGUUGGAGCAAGAAGAGCAGUGUCUGAUGGAAACAGACAGCCCAGUAGAUACUCGUCCAGAUGCAGAAAAUAGACCUGAAGUCAAAAAAUCAACUCCAUACCAGAAUGUUUCUGAUGAAACUCAAACCUAUAACAUGAUAAUGGAGAGAUUAACAGGAGAUAGUUUCUGGUACUCCCUUCUAGGAGGACUCUGGGAUUUUGACUACCAGUUGGCGUUUAAUCAAGAAAAUCAGCAGAGGCAUUUAGGACAAGAAUCUUUUGCCCAAAAAAAGGUCCCACAGGAGAGAAGCCUUGAAUGUAACAAAUUUGAUGAAAACUAUAAAAUGAACUCAAAUCUUAUUAUGCAUCAGAGAAUUUCUUCAAUUAAGAUACCCCUUAAUUCAAACACACAAGGAAAUAGCAUCAAACAUAAUUCAGAAUUGAUUUACUUUCAAGGAAACCAUGUAAGAGAAAAUACUUAUGAAUAUAACAGGUAUGGGAAAAUCUUCAAUCAACAUAUUCUUCUUACUAAUCAUAUUCAUACUGAAGAGAAACCCAAUGAAUGUAGGAAGGCCUCCAGCCACAACUCAGCUUUUACUCAACCUCAGGUAGUCCUUACAGGAGAGAGGCCCUAUAAGUGUGAUGAAUGUGGGAAAAGAUUCAGCCAGAGGAUACAUCUUAUUCAACAUCAGCGGAUUCACACCGGAGAAAAACCUUUUAUAUGCAAUGACUGUGGGAAGGCCUUUCGUCAACAUUCAUCCUUUACUCAACAUCUGAGGAUUCAUACUGGAGAGAGGCCCUACAAAUGUAAUCAAUGUGGUAAAGCCUUUAGCCGUAUCACAUCCCUUACUGAACAUCAUAGACUUCAUACUGGAGAGAAGCCUUAUGAAUGUAAUUUUUGUGGGAAAGCCUUUAGCCAGAAGACACAUCUUAAUCAGCAUGAGAGGAUUCAUACAGGAGAGAAGCCCUAUAAAUGUAAUGAAUGUGAGAAAGCCUUUAGCCAGAGUGGACACCUUAAUCAGCAUAGGAAAAUCCAUACUCGGGAGAAAUUAUGUGAAUAUAAUAAAUGUGAGAAAGUUAUAAGCCACGGACCUUCACUUACUCAGCAGCACAUAACUCAUGGGGAAAUCAUAUGAUAUAUAAAUGUAGAAUAUUUUUUGUCAUAUUUUUCCAUUUCAUUCAAUAUAAAGUUAUUCAUAAUGGAAAGGAAGUUUAUAAACAAUGCAUAGAUACCAAGUAAAUUUAGACUUUAAACUGAUAGCAUAAUAUAUCCUCAAGAGAGGUUAUAAAUAGUAAACAUAAUUUAUUUUGUGAACAAAAUUAUAUUAGAAGUCAUGUUCCAAAUCUGAUAUAAAACUUUUUAAUGACCAGAAAUUCUAUAGACAAUAACCUAUGAUUAUUCACCUGUAAGUUUUAUUGCAAAGUUCUUAAAUUAUAUAAACAUUGAUUAAUCAAAGCAAUGAUAUAGUGUAACUAGUCACAUAAACUUGAAAUAAACAGAAAAGAGCAAUAUUUCUCAAACUUCAGCAUUUGCACACUUCCUAUACAGUUUUACCAUAUGUAGUGUUCACUUAAAAUUUUAAGGGAUUGAAUUUUUAGCCUUAGUAAAUAUUUAUGAAAAUUGAGUUUACAUGCUAAUUAUAUUCUAAUUUCCAUCAAGGUCACUAUAAACUUAUAAUUUAAAAUAUUCAUUGAUGUACCACCUAAAUCUUCUGUACCGUUGAGAAAUGAUGUGAUAAGAUGACAAUAUUCUGUUAUUGGGGUGUUUUUUUAAGGCAAUCUUUUCAUUAUUUUCAUCAGAUAAAUCCUAGGAUGACUAUAAGAAAGAGUCUUGGAGGAGACAGGAUUAUGUUGAUGAAAAGUGAAAAGUGAUUCAGAGAACUCUACUUUUCUAUCAUGUUCUAGUUUUAAAUUUCCCUAUAGCAAAUAUAAACUUUUAAACUAAAAUUGUGGUUUCUGCUAUAUUUGCAAAUUUAAAUAGAGAUAAGGUUCUGUUAUUGUUAUUGUUUCUAAUAAUGACCAGAAGCAGUGAACUGUCCUAGAGUGUGAGCUGUGGUACAAAGUUGAGGCUAAGAACCAGGGAAGCAUCUUAGUGUUUUAUAUAAAUGACUAAAGAAGGGUGAUUAAUUGGCUUAAUAAUACACUUUAUUAAUUGAGACAUGUUUAUGUAACACCUUUUUCCAAAAAGAAUUCAGGUGAUUUAUUUUUAUUUUUAUCACUAGAGGCCUGAUGCACAAAAUCAGUGUAAGAAUAGGCCUUCAUUCCCCCAGCUGCUGGCACCGGCUUCCCUCUGGCACCUGAGACCUGGACUUCCCUCGCAGCAACAGCUUCAUCGGGUCUAAUUACUGUAUUUUGCUUUUAUUGUAAUAGAUUAUUGCCUUGUUUGACAAAAAUCACAUUUUGAUGUUACGUAAGUCGUAGAUAGCUGUAAUUCUGAGGCUGCUUGAGUUUCUUGGCUUUUCACUUUUGUCUCAGUCUUCUCAGGCAUGGUGAGAGAAGCCCUGAGGCUAAGGCAGGAAUGCAGUUUCCUUGCUUCUCACCUUUCUUCCAACACAUCUCCCAGCUGAAGACUUCCCUGUGAAGGGCUACAUUUUAUACAGUACUUCUCGAGCCAAAGCUGAAAUGAUUUGAAGACUUUUUAAAAUUAAAACACUAAAAGCAAGGAAACUAAGAAAAGUAAACUCAUUUCAUCACAGAAAUUAAACUUUUGAAAGUGCAUUUAUGUCCCACUCAUUGGUGGAUGUGAAAUUCUAUAUAAUAAAAGCCUAAUAUGCAAAUUGUUUAACCGGGAGUUCAACCACUCGCUAUGACGUGCUGAC